UGCCAUAUGGUCUCAACAUCAAAGGUCUAUUUCCCUACGAAGACCAUGCAUCCUGCCCAUCAACCAAUGGCCUCACCAGCCAAGUUUGAUCACUCUAUGGAGGCUGUACACCCCCCCCAUCCCCACACCACUUCAACACCGCUGGCCCACCACCAAAUGUCCACACCUAUGGUCCUUCACCCGGCGUACACAAUAGCUUGCUACCUGAAUCCACCUGAGAAUAAAAAGGCAGCUUUCCUGGCACCAGACAGGAGAGAUGCAGGCAACCCAUCUAUUGAGGACACUAUCUGUUAUCAACCACAGGCAGAAAAAUCAUGGACGCCAUGUGAUGGAUGUAGGGAGGAGUUGGAAAAAAUGUGGCCAGAAAAAGAAGGAAUUGAAGAAGUCCUCUUGAAAAUAGAUCCGGUCCAAGUCAGAGUACUUCAAACUCUCUGCGACUUGGUUGGAGACAAAUACAGCGACGGCCCUCCUCAACAAUCGGGCCAGCAAGAGCUCUUUCCUGAGAGCGGCGUAUUCAUAUCAUUGUUCCGCCUUGCUGCCAUGAGACAUGCUGCAAAGCCCAAAUGUAUGCCUUUAUUUGGACCUCUUUUUUCUACAGUAGAGGAGUGUCAAAAUGCUGUCCCUUUUUGA